AUGUUGGAUUCAGUAUCAAUAUCAGAUGUUGUACUAUUCUGCCACUGUGCACCUCUGUGUUUUUUGUACACAAUGACAGAUAUACCGCAACCUAUAGAUUCCUCAAACAAGGAGAGGGUAUUUGAGGACUCACACAAGCGGAGGAAGGUCCAGAGACCGAAACCGGCCAGAGUUGGCGGAGCUGGCGGAGCUUUCUCACUGAGAGGAAGAGAUGAGAGUCAGGCAAACACCCAAACUGUGUCUAAACCCGAAAUUGCAGCCUCCAAAGCUGUACCUUCCUCGCUGGGCUUGUCUGCUUCUACUACCGCAUCUUCGGCUGUUCCGGUGGCUGUUCCCACACAGAAACCUGCAUGGAUGUCUGAUGAAGAGUUCGCCAAGCACAAUCAGAACCUACAGGCAGCGGCUGGGCCCACUGUUGAUGAAACCAAAAAGCUCCGCAAGCCCAAGAGAAGGGGUAAUAUGGAAGACCAACUCCGUCGCGCUGCAGAAGAGAGACAAAGAGAAGACCAAAAGGAACAGAGACAGGUCAAAGAGACAAUGAUCACAUACCAAGCAGGCCAAGUGGACGACAUGAUCAAAAGCCAUUAUAAUCAGCGUACCAAUCUCUCGAAGAGGGAGAAAAGAUCUGCGUCGCCAAUUUACAAGCUCAGGAAUUUCAACAAUUGUAUUAAGUAUAUGCUGAUCUACAUGUUCUCCAAACCAGGCGACAACGUCCUUGAUCUGGGUUGUGGAAAGGGUGGUGAUCUCCAGAAAUGGCAUCAGUCUAAAAUUGGACAUUACACAGGAAUUGAUCUAUCAGAUGACUCCAUCAAAGAGGCUAUCAGGCGUUACAGAACAAUGCAACAUCUCAGCAGUUUCGGGGUGGUAUUUGUUGCUGGUGAUGCAUUCAAAACUGCUAUUCCCGAUGUGAUCAAAGGGUUCGAGUCCGAAGUGAGCUUCCCUUUUGAUAUGGUCUCUAUGCAGUUUUGCAUGCAUUACGGCUUCGACUCCGAGGAAACCGCGAGAUCCAUGAUCAAGAACGUUUCAAAGUCACUCAGAAGGGGAGGCAAGUUCAUUGGAACUAUCCCUUCCUCAGAUUUCAUGAAGACUAAACUCAAGGAUCUUCCAGCUGGCGAGAAAGGUUGGGGUAACUCCCUUUAUCGUGUAAACUUUGACCAAGAUCCUCCGCGUGAUGGAAUAUUUAGACCAGCUUAUGGCCAGUUGUACACAUACUACUUGGUUGAUGCAGUUGACAACGUUCCCGAGUUUGUUGUCCCGUUUGAGGCAUUCAGAGCUCUUUGCGAAGAGUACAACCUUGAAUUGAGAUACAAAAAGCAGUUUUUUGACAUGUUCGCGGAGGAAAUUCCAAACUGGAUCAAACGAUUGAACCCGAGAUUGCUGGAAGGUAUGAGGCGUGCUGAUGGUACUUAUGGUGUCGAAGGAGAAGAAAAGGAGGCGGCAGCCUUUUAUCUGGCGUUUUGCUUUGAGAAGACGGGCUAUGAGUAA